AUGCUGAUAUAUGCAGUCUUCUACGGCACUGAUGACAUUGCAAAGGCGAACUUGGUCGCAGAAGUCAAGAAGUGCUGCCUACACAAUGGUUUCUUCCAGAUAGUCGGCCACAGAGUCCCUGUGGAGCUCCAAGAGAAAAUUUUGGACUGGGUCAAGAAGUUCUUCGCACAGCCACAAGAGGAGAAAGACAGAGUACACAAAGACUUCAACACUUGGAAUCGUGGUUACGAGCGCAUUGGUUCACAGAUCUUGGAGGCAGGAACGAACCCAGACCUCAAAGAGGGCUACUUCAUCGGCGAAGAGAUCUCGACUGAUCAUCCUUAUUUCGUUGGCAAGAAGCUUAACAGCGGACCCAAUGUCUGGCCCGAGACUAUGCUCGAUGUUGAUGACUUCCGCGCUACUUCGAUGGAGUACUACAAUGAGAUGCACGCGUUGGCAAGAGACGUGCUCACUGUAAUCGCUCAGACCCUAGAUUUGAAGGAUGACUACUUCAACGAGUUCACUACCGGCGCAGUAGCCACGCUCAGAUAUCUUCAUUAUCCUCCUCAGCCAGCCGACUCUGAUGAGAAGCUGGCAAGAGGUAUUGGAGCACAUACAGAUUUCGGAUCUGUCACGUUACUGAUGCAAGGCGACGUUGAUGGCCUGCAGGUUUACGACAAGGAGCACAAUGAAUGGCUCGACGUUGUUCCUGUUAAAGGAGCGUACGUGGUCAACCUCGGCAACAUGUUUAUGCGCUGGGCCAACGACAGAUACAUUUCCAACCUGCACCGUGUCAUUAACAAAUCAGGCAAGGAGCGGUACUCCGUACCAUUUUUCUACAGUGGCAACCCUGACUAUGUCAUUGAAUGCCUGCCGAACUGUAGAGAGGAAGGUCAAGCUCCCAAGUGUCCUCCUAUCAGUGUGAUGGAUUGCGUUGGUGGCAGCUACAAGGCUAGUUAUGGUGCGGCAAAGAUGUUCAAAGAACAGCCGAAGGCAAAGAUGGAGGUCGUCAACGAGCACUUUAUGUUCUUCGCAAUUGUACGAAGCCAGGAUAUAUACACACAAGUCAAGCACACAAAGAUGGAUUCUGAGAAGAAGGAUCUCUCAUACUCUUCAGGGGACAACACGUCUCCCGAAACUGAGAUUGGUACUGUCGUCGAUAUUGGCGAUGAGGGCACUCGGAACUUCUAUGGCAGCUCCGUCUCCGACAGCUACCGCAUGAAGUCCGAAAUUGUCAAUCAAUGCAUGGAAGAGAUUGGCAUGGGAAGAUAUCAAUGGGAGCUAUUCGUAGUCAGCGGCUUUGGCUGGAUCACAGACAAUUUUUGGUCACAAGGCAUCGGCUCCAUCCAGCCAUCCGUGGCACUCGAGUUCCCGGGUGUGACGAACAUCACACUCAGUUCAGUCGCGUACUAUGCCGGCUUGAUCUUUGGCGCCUUCUUCUGGGGCACAAGUGCUGAUCUGAUUGGAAGAAAACCGGCCUUUAAUGCUACUCUGAUCAUCGGAGGACUGUUCGGCACUGCAGUUGCUGGGCUGAGUAACUUCACAGCCUUUUGUAUCUUCUGGACUAUCAUAGGUACAGCUGCUGGUGGUAAUGUGCCUGUUGACUCCAUGAUAUUCUUGGAGUUUGUUCCUGGUUCGCAUCAGUACCUUCUCACAGCCUUGAGUAGUUGGUGGAUGCUUGGGCAAGUCAUUGUGUCUUUGAUUUCGUGGGUGUUCCUUGCGAACUUUGCUUCAAUGACACUCGUCUUCGCCUUUGUCCGAAUCGCCAUCUUCAAAAUGCCUGAAUCUCCUCGAUAUCUCAUCUCGAAGGGCAGAGACGCCGAAGCAGUCGAGGCUGUCAACUAUAUUGCUCGUCGCAACAAAAAGCCGGAGCCUUUGACGCUUGCCAUGCUUCAAGAAGUAGACAGAGUCACUGGUGGAGAAGUCAAGGCAGGUGCGACCACGAAACUCUCCCGCAGUAUCAUCAUCAAAGAAAACCUCAAGGACUUCAAGUCAGUCAACUACAAGAAUUUGUUUGCCAAUCCACAACUGGCCCGCCAUACCAGCAUCAUUUGGCUGAUCUGGUUGACCAUUGGUAUCGCUUACCGGUUAUACUUCAAUUUCAUUCCCACCUACCUCUCCAAGAAGUUCACCGCGGACUCUUCGUUGUCUCUUACAUACCGAAACUAUUGCAUCCAGUCCAUCGUUUCUGUCUUUGGCCCAUUGAGCGCUGCAGUACUUGUCAACACUCGCCUCGGCCGACGCUGGAUGUUGGGAGCCUCAGCAAUCGUCUCUGGCAUAUUUCUCUUUGCAUACACUGCUGCAGAGAAUCGCGCAGGAGAUCUGGCAUUCUCCUGCAUCACAGGUCUUUUUGCCAACUUCGAAUACGCUAUCAUGUAUGCCUUCACCCCUGAGUCGUUUCCAGCACCUCAUAGAGGUACGGCGACUGGCACUGCAGCGACUUUGCUGCGUCUGGGUGGCAUUUGCGCCAGUCUGAUCGGUACAUACACGGAGUUUAGUGUUGUGCCUAUCUACGUCAGUGCUAGUCUGUGGAUUGUCGUGGGGCUCAUUGCGUUUGCAUUGCCAUUCGAAACACACGGCAGGGCUGCAAUUUAA